GUUAUGAAUAUUGGUAUUAUUGUGAUGGAUGAGGCAUUACAAAUAGUAGACCGUAUACAGACGCAAUAAAAAGGGUUGUUAUAGGCUCACUAUUAGAGAAUGGAUGGUGAUGUAAGUGAAUGAAUGCUUAGGUCCGUGUGACAUGAAAUCAUAGAGGAUAUGGUCAUGCGACGUGUAUAGGUCUUACGACGUGGUUGUUUUGUUUACCUUGGAAAACAGCAUACAAGCAGUUUCUGUUUUGUCUCUUUGGCUUCAAAUUCUCGAAGAAUUUUUUUCCUCAAGCAACCACGUGCUUUUCAGUGUUUAAUUACUUUCACCCAAAAAAAACAUGGUUAAUGGAAGUUGAUUUCCUCAUGAAUUUAGUCAUUGAGUUUGUGCAAAUAUGUUGCGUUGCGAGCACUGGUUAGUUCAAUACAUAUUAGUAUGAAAUUAUUACCUUUAAAAGUUAGUAACCUUAAAGAGUUUUCUUCAUAAAUUUAUAUGUUCUUAGUUUGAAAAUAAAUUUAAUACUAAGAAUAAAUAGAAACACUAGAAAAGAGAUGACUGGAUCGAGUGUGAGUUAAUAAUGUCGGGUGAAACAGAAACAAAAGGAAGAAGCAAUAAAGAAGGUCAGGAGAUUGGGUUCUCAAAUCUCUCUUCACGAAAACUAUCACUUUGACCUUGAUUGUGACCGGGAUUGUGAUAGUGGAGAAUGGAAAAGAGAAAUUUAAUUAUAUAGCUGUCUUGUCUCACUUACGAAAGAUCUAACUUAUUAGUAAUACUUGCAUGUUUUGGUGUUUGUGUGUUUUUCAGUGUCAAUUGUGCAUCGCCUCCAAUGUUUGUCGCACUCCGGUUUCUCUAAACCAACUCGUGUUGAGACGUUCUUACAUCUAGGGUUAUGGUUUGAAUCAGACAUCUCAAGACUCCGUCCUACAUUUUCAAUGUCUAAUGCGUUCAUGUGGGGAUAUCUAUAUACAUGUAUACACUCAAAUUUCGUACAUGUACAUUAAGGGAGAGAGAGAGAGAGAGAGAGAGAGAGAGAGAGAGAGAGAGAGAGAGAGAGAGAGAGAGAGAGAGAGAGAGAGAGAGAGAAGUGUGACAACAGAUGUGAAAGCAUGAAAAGAAAGUGCAUGAAUAGGGGCCAGUAGGGCUACAAAUUAUGUAAUAAAAAAUGUUAGGGUUUUAGGGUUAUGUACAUUUGAUUUGAGCUAUACGAAUUGAUCACACGUGGUAUGUGCACUUUGAUAUCGAUCUUAUCUUUGCGUAUAUAUCUUUUAAACAACAUAUAUAUUUCAUUUAACAGAUUAGUGGAUGGCCUACUUGGUAGCGUUUGUUUGAUUUUACUUUCAGUCACACUAAAAAUCUUGAACAUGUUACAAGAAGAUCAUUUAUAACAUAGAAUUUUGGAACCGAUAUUAAAUGUUCAUAGGAGGAUAUAUAAUAAUUACAUGUACAUUAAUACAUGAGUAGUAUUCACGUAAAGCCUAAGAACUAGUAAAAUAUAUAAUAAAUGAAUAAUAAGCGGCUGAUCAUUCAAUAGGGUUCACAAACUUACAUUGACGGUCAAAACUCAAAACACUUUUCAUUCCUGUAUAUAAAAUCACUGGAGUAGCUCAACGACUUGGCCUGUCAUGUAAAUAAACAACUCAUCUCUUUCUCUCUUUCUACUUGAAGAUAAUGACCGGAAACUUGAACGGCGGUGGAAGAGGAGGAGAAGGACCAUGCGGGGCGUGCAAGUUCUUGAGGAGGAAGUGUGUGAGUGGAUGCGUUUUCGCUCCUUAUUUCGAUGCAGAGCAAGGGACUGCUACGUUUGCAGCGGUUCACAAAGUGUUUGGAGCAAGCAAUGCCUCUAAGAUGUUACUGAGAUUGCCUUUGAACAAGCGGCAUGAUGCGGUCUCCACGCUCUGUUACGAGGCUUUGGCUAGGCUCAGUGAUCCUGUUUAUGGCUCUGUUGGCCAUCUCUUCUCUCUUCAACACCAGGUUAUGAAUCUACAAGCUGAGAUUGCUCAUGUUCAAGCUCGUCUUUCAACUUUUCAGCGUUUUUCUGUAAUCCCUCCACAACAAAUGCAACAGCCACCUCAUAACAAUGAAUAUCCGGUAGAACAAACUAACUUGGAUUUUGCGUGGGAAGAAGAACAAUUAUCUCUGGCUGGAAAUGAAAAUGGUGUAUUUCAAGAACUGGCGAUGCAGUUCGUCUCUAAGUAUAGCUUGCACUUUCAGUUAGGUUAAAUCACAAGCCACACUUAUGUAGUAUAGCAGUGGAGGAGUGUCUUGAUGAAAAAAAGUUGACAGAGUUUUUAUUCUUCAUAGUUGACUAUCUCCACUGAUAUCAUUACUUUCUUAAUAGUGAUGUGUUGCGUUUUUGGAAAUUAUCUGUAUUUCCAUGAACAUCAGAUCAUGAUUAGUGUUAUGGUUCUCAUUCUGCAAAAACUAGUUUUAUGAUUUUGGGUUACCAAUCAACCAAAAUUAUUUCUUUAAGCUUUACUCUUUUGUUGUAACUGAUGCUAUCGGUUGGAUUUAAUAGGAAAUGAUAUCGUUUUUUUUAAAAAAAAGGCCAAUAAACAAAACCAAUACAAGACGAACAAACCAAAUAUCUUACUAAGAUUCAACUUUAGUGAUGAUAGGUUUAUUGGAUUUUGAAGUAGUAUACCAAUGAUGAUUUUAGAAAAUUCCUUCUAUUUUGAAGAUAUAGUAAUUGAUACUAAAAUAGAUUGAUAGAGACCAGGAUGAGCUAGUGUUGUUGUUAAUGAAGAUCGAUGACAAUCAUAUAUAUGUGUUCUUGAGAUUUUCUUUUUUUUUGGCUUUACGGAUCUGUUUUGUUUUGAUGGAGUAUUGCCUCUGUAUAAUGCUCAUGUCUGAAGCCUUUGCUUGAUUACCCUGGAUCUUCCAAUUUCGGGUGAACUGUACUUGUUCAAGCUUAAUCUAAUGAAGAUUUAAAUGGGAAAAAUAAGAAAGGAAGUUGAAUUUGUCAACCAAAAUUUGAGGAAAAAAAUAUUUUCACACACAAAAUUGUAAUUGCAAACUUAAAAAGUCAGUUGGGCUUAAACUCAAAAGUUUAAAUGUUUGCAAUUACACUUCACCCAAAAUUUUGACGGACUUCAAGAGCUACAAUGGGCCUUGUUAUUUAAAAAUAAUUGACGAUUUCAAAUUUGAAUUGAAUUGGACU